AUGGCAGCUCAACCCCUUCAAACUCAUAUCCACUCAUCCUCUGAGAAGGGUCUUUCAAGUGUAACGACCCUAAUCGUAGGGGCCAAAUCCGCCAUCCUAAUUGACCCUCCGUUUCUCAUCCCCGACGCCAACUCAGUGGUAUCCUGGAUUGAGGACACAACCGACCUCCCUCUCAAUGCCGUCUUCGUAACUCAUCACCAUCCAGACCACUAUUUCUCAGCCAACCCCAUCCUCGCCGCCCACCCCAACGCAAAAUUCUACGCCGCACCCUACGUCCGCGCAGGAAUUGAUCGGGAGUAUGACGAGAAAGUGAAGUUCUGGCCUACCGUCUUCGGCAAAGAAAACGUGCCCGAGAAUCCACGAAAGCCGGACCCGUAUCCCUACAGUUUCAUCCUGCUAGAUGGGAACGAGAGUAGUCCUAUCAUGUUGUUGGGACCUGUGCAGGGAGACUCUGUGGAUCAUACGUUGUUUUGGUUGCCGAGUGAGAGAACGAUUGUCGUGGGUGAUGCAUUGUAUGGGAGGAGUACGCAUGUUUGGGCCGAAGAAAUCGAAACUCCUCAGAUCCUCCACGCAUGGCAAAAUACCCUCAACCUCGUCGAAAAUCUGUCCCCUUCCAAAAUCAUAGUUGGCCAUCUUGAAGCCGGAUGGGAGCUUAACGCCGCCGCGGACCUGGCUCAUAACAAAAAAUAUCUCUCUCUUUUCCAAGAGAAGAUCCAGAACGCGAACAUGAAACCACAGGUGAAAGAGAUCUAUGAUACGUUUAAGGAAGCAUUUCCCCAGGCAGAUAAAAAUCUCGACUUCUUUCUAGGACAUCUGAGUAAUCAGUUUGGUGAGGGAGGGAAGGUAUGGGAGGAGAAUAAACAUCAUGACAUAGGGAGUAGGACGAAGGAGGGAUUGGAGGGGUUUGUACUUUGA